AUGCCAUUCGGGCGGGAGGUCGGCGUUAUAUAUUUGAUGGACGCGCAACCCGGUAACGCCUGCGUUUCGGAGGACGCUGUUGAGGUUGUUCGCCGUGGAGCGGAGCACGAGCCAGCCUGUCUUUUCCAGGACGACCGACUCGCCCAUAGCGACGCGCUCCAUUUCAUGGGAGAAGCCGGUGUCGGAAUCGGGGCCCCGCUCGGCAGGGGGCAUCGGAGUCGGAGUUGA